CCGGGCGUUUUUAAUUGAUUAGAGCAGCAGUUCUUACCUGCAAUUAUCAUUGCUCCAAGAUGUGCCUUGUGGUCUCGAAAAAUUGGGGGCGAAGGUCUGUGGAGUGACGGGUGCCAUCGCCCCGUGUUGGGCAGUCUGGGCCUUGCAACGCUGUGCGGCACGAGGAUGUACAAAGCAGGCGCCCUCAGCUCGCGGCCUGUUAAUCGCAUGCUCGUUAAUUGAUCGAGAAGUUAGAGAAGAGAAGAGUGAAUUGGAAGCGACGGAGGUGAGCUGUGUGUUUGUGGGCGGCAAAUUGACGAGAUUGGACUGAAAAAGCUUUCCCUGGGGAGAGGUAAUUUGGAAUUCUGGGAAUGAAAAUGGAGGGAGGGACAAGGUUAGCUUGACUUGUGUUCAAAGCAAGUUAAUUGCGUUGGAGGAGUGAGGGGAGGUCUACUGACGCGGCUAGCUGAUUGCAGCACGCUUACCGUAAAAUUUCAAAUUUCGACAAGCGCCCCCGAGCCAUCACGUGGGCGUUGUUAAAUCUCCAUUGUCAGCGACGUGGUAAAGGUGUUUACGUGCUGUGUUUGCGCUCGUGCGUACUUCGGCUGCGCGUGCGUGUGUGUGUGUGUGUGUGUGUGUGUGUGUGUGUGUGUGUGNGAGAGAGAGAGAGAGAGAGAGAGAGAGAGAGAGAGAGAGAGAGAGAGAGAGAGAGAGAGAGAGAGAGAGAUGUAUCCGUCAUGGGAAAAGAUCAAGUGGGGGAUUGGGUCAGUGUCGGGACCGUUCCAUCCGUUUGGUGGAGCGGUGGACAUCAUCGCAGUGUAUCAGGAAGACGGGUCGUACAAGAGCACUCCUUUCUACGUGCGCUUUGGAAAGUUUCAAGGGGUGCUGAAGAGAGAGAAAAUCGUCCACGUGGCUGUGAAUGAAGAGGAAGCAAAUUUCACGAUGCACAUGGAUCGGAACGGGGCAGUAUUUUUCCGCACAGAAGUUGAUUCAGACUCGGAGCGUGAGGGUGCCGAAGAAGAUAGUGUCUUCUCACCACCAAGUGCUGGAUCUUCUGGCGACGAAUGUGUGAGGAAUGAUACUCGACCUGGGAGUGACAUGUUUCCGCAGCAGCAGCAAAGCGCGCAAAGCGCGCCAGAUGGAUGUGUGACUACCCCAUCGGAAGCAGCUGCUGCCACGUGUGCAACGACACUGUUGAAGGCAGGCGAGUCGCAGGCGGAGGCAGAGAGUACCGGCGGCGUAUCCGCCGCCAUAACCAGCGCGCAAUCUGUCGCCGGGAGGCUGCCAACCUGCGCGACAGGAGGCGGUGUGGUGGGAGUAGGUGGAGACUCUGGGAACGUUGCCAUUGCGAAGAUGUCCUCGGCGCCUGUCAUAGGAGCAAGAGCGGGUGCUCUUGCGAGCGAGGCGCCUUCUUCUGCAUCCUGCGCUGAUGUUGCUGCAUCGGCGGCGGGUCCUGCGUGUGAAGGUGCGACGGCGGCGGGGUCCGCAGGCUUGGCUGCCGCACCAGACGCCCCGAGGGACUCCUCGGCGGAGGAUGCAAUUGCCACCCACGCCAGCACAUGUAGAGACUGCUCUGCGAAGUCGUGCCAAUCCACUUCGUCUCCUGCGCGUGACGAUGUUGUUAGGUUCGGCAGCGACGCGUCGUCGGGAACAGUAGAGUCGACCACAGCCGAGCAGGGGCAGGUCGUUCGAGUUGCAGGCGCAAUAGACAGGGGGGGCAUUGACCUCUCGGAGAUCGUGCGCGGCCGCGGUCUUAGUGGUGCUGACGGCGAUUGCGCGGUUUCGGCGGGUAGCGAUGCCGUUGUUUCAGCGAAAAGCAGUGUGGGCUGUGUCAAUGGCGAGAUAGGAGGGGGGGAGGACGGCGGCUUGGAGAUGUCAGCCUCUGACAGAGCGGGUGUGCAAGCUGCGGAAAGCGGUGGCAGUGGUGGGAAUCAGGAUGGGGCCGGGCGCGGUGAGAUCUGCGCACACUGCGCGACUGCGUCUGUUUCCUCAAAGGGCGAUGGUGCAAUAGAAUUGGCAGAGGCAGCAGCGACGAGCGGAGAUCGAAGCAGCGGAGAUGGAGCAGCGGAAGACGGGCGCACUGGCGCAGCUUGUUCCGCUGCGACGAUCGCUGCAAUGAUCCCCGCGGGCGAGAAAACGGAUACUGCUGGGAGAAAGCAAGCGGGGGAAAGGACAGAGGCGGCGACCGAUUUCCCCAACCAUGCAGAUGCUGAUGUCGACUCCGAGCUGGACGAAACGGCGAAGGCGGCAGUUCAGCGCGAGAUGGCAUGGAGAGAGAUGUUUGAUAAAGCAAAUAGUGCGUUGAAGGAAUCCCCUGUUUUGGCGAGGCAGUUAGCGCUAGAGGAGAGGCGGAGAAGAAGUUCAGAGGCGACGACAACCUCCACUAAGGUGCAACAAGGGCGAGUCUCUGCGGGUGGCGAGGAGGAGACGCUUCGGCGGUCGUGGUGGUUUGGCUGGCGGAGAAGCUCGUCGGGAUCCUCGUCUUCGACCUCAACUUCUUCAUCGGUGUCAAGUACCAACGGUAGGCAUGGGACGACAGGCAACAGCUCUGCUAGCACGUUCGGUAACGUCGCGAUACCGACGGGCGGUGUUGCUACGCCAACAGGUGCGCCCAACGAUAACGGCGGCGGCGCCGCCGCCGCGGUCGCGAGGAAAGUUGAAAGUGGCGCGAAGAUGGGCCUGGAAGGUGUGUCGGAUGCUGAUGGGCGCAACAGCGUGAUGGAUGAUACGGCUCUCCUCGGAGGUCUUCCAUCGGCGCCAUCCAGUGGCGGCGGCGGUGGUCGCAGAAGCCGGGGGGAAGAUGAUGGCGCGGCUGGAGAGAGAUCGGGUGAGGUCGUGGUCGUGUGCGAGAGCAACGGAGGCAACAUCGACAAUCGGGAUCGAGGGGGCGCGAACGGAACGACUUCUCGUCGGGACUCGGUAGCGAAGUCCCCGGAAAGGGAAAUAGGAUCGGCUGCAUCUCGUAAAAAUAGGCAAGAUGCAGCAGCUGCUGCUGUCGGCGGAGGUGAGCGAGCAGCGGAAAUGGACGCGGUUUUGGAGCUUGUGGUGAUAGAGGGUGGAGAAAGGGGGCAGGAGGCGGAGGUGACGUCGGCGGCGCUCCCAACCAGAGGGGAGAAUAGCAGGUGCAGUUCGGGCUACGAGACUGUGGCGCGGAUCCCUGAGGAGGAGAGCGGAAGGGAAGGAGGGGGAGGGGGAGGGGGGGGAGGAGGUGAAGCAGCAGGCCGGAGGGAAGAUGAUGUUGGCAAAGUGCGCAAUCGUGUUCCCAGCUCUGGCAACUUGUUGUCAGGGUCGCCUUCUCCUCCGCGCCCCUCGACGCCUCCUACUUCUACUGGAAUUGACAAGGCGAGCGGCAACCUGAAUAAUGGAGCAGGAGGGGGAAGAAAAAGGGGGAGCUUGUUCUUUAGAGUCUUUAGGGGGAGCGGUGGAGGAGAAGAGGGGAGUAAUGGAGUCCGAACGUCAGGGGAGUUGUCCGCUGAGAUGAAGGCAGCAGCAGAUGCGAACGCGCGUCUUCCAGCGUCGGAAACGGGCGACGAUUUGCGGCUCGCCGACCGUGUCACGGGCCUGAUGGACGCCAAGUGGACUGCGGUGAGGAUAUCGGACGAUUUAGGAGAGGGGGAUGAAAAGAGCGCACAGGAGGAGGGAAGAGGGGGAGCGGCAGGGAGAGAACGACAGGCAAGACCUCGAGAUGAUGAAAUGAAGCCCAGCCGGGAGAGGACAGACCUCGCGACCAGCGUACGCAUAGUGAAGAGCCAGGCAGAAACAGAGACGGCGGCAAUGGGGGCGAAGGGUGCAGUUACCGACGAUGACGAGACUAGACGUUCGGACUAUGCCGCCGCGGUUUCUUCCUCUCCUCCGUCAUCUACCUCUCCUCCGUCAUCUACCUCUCCUCCGUCGGCGGUUGUCUCGGCAUCUUCAGUUGCAUCAGCAAUGGACGAUGGCGAUCUCGCUCACAAGGGGCAGGUGGUGCUUGGGAUGCAAGCGAAGCAGCAGCAAGAACAGGCAGGGAACACUGAGCUUCCAGGUUUUGCCGUCGUUGUUGGUGAUGGCAUGCGAUCAUCCUGUCCUGCUGUUGUUUCUAUCAUCGGAGACGACGACGACAGGGGAGGAGGGGCUAUGUCCUCGAAGGCCAAAGAUGAAGGAGGCAAGGAUGAAGGGAAGCAGACAGUGGCGGCUGCGAGACAAGAAUCUUUGGCGGGUGAAAAUGGAAGUGGACUUGCUGUUGUUCUUAUUGCAGAGGAACAAUUGGCGCAAUCUCGUCGUCUGGAGAGGGUGGAAGGAUCAGGUGGCGAUGUUGAUCUGAGCUCUGUAAGGCGGACGGCCGAGCAGGCAGAAGAAGAUACGAUGGGCCUCGACCACGCCGCCGCUGUAGUCAACUGCUGGAAAGAACCUGCGCGUUGUAGCGAUGAUGAUGUCCUGAAUGAUGCAGGCUCGGCGGCGGCGGCGGCGGCGGGGAGAAACGGGGAAAUAUGGGUUCCAUCGCCACGGAGUGUGGUUCUCGUCUCCGUAGAAGGGCAGCUCCUAAGCGCUCCGGUUGAUGUGGAGUGCGAGGGAGAAAGAGAGGAAGAGGGAGAGGGAGAGGGUUACAGGAUGAAUGAGGCGGCAGGUAAUGGGGUUGUGGAGAUGGGAGAGACGGUGGAGGGAGAGUGGAUUGUCACAGGGAUGGAUACUCCUGUCGAGACUUCGGGGAUCGUCGAUCGGCCGAGCCACUCGGCGGCGGAGAGGGCUCUCGUACCGACUCUUUGUGAUUCGCCGCCGAUCGGCGGCGGCGCCUGGUUGGCUUCAUGUAUCGGCUCUUCUGCUGCGGAUCUUGUUAGUGCAGGGGAUAGAGCUCAGACGACCAAUGCGCCAGCUGCGCCGCCGUCCAGGUGUCAUGGGGUAUGUGUAUUGAACGAACUGGAAGAUGAGAUUGUUGGUGAAAUGGUAGAACGUGGCGAUCGUGAGGAUAGGCGGGGAGAAAACGACAGCGAUAGCAUUGUGAGCCCUGUGCGGAAAGAAGCUGGAAGAAGGGAUGGGGGCAGCAGCGUGUCCGUGUCCAUCUGUGUGUUGUCAUCUGCUGAUCUUGAUGGUGGUCAGGAUGGUGUUGCGGUUGGCGCAGAAGGGGCGGCGGCGUGCUCCGUCUCGCUGACGGUAUUGGCGGCGACAACGGAAAGCGGCAUUGCCAGCUCACCAGCGGAAAAUUUCUGUGGCUUGCAUUCGGACCUAGUCGCAGAUGACGAUGGGAGGAAGCAGAGCAGCAGUCACCGGGUUGCCUGUACCUCGGAUGGAGCCUGUGAGAACGGAGGUAAGGUGGGAAGUGAGUGUAGUCGUGGUAAUGAAGGCGGUGGUGAUGUGGGUGGAGGGGCAAAAUCAAGUGAAGAAGAUCGGUUUGGGAAGACGAAUGAGGAACCGAUGGAGAAAAAGGAAUUCAGAGAUGGCGUGGAUAUGAAGAACGAUGAUGGAGAUUCUUUGUCUGGCUCAAGAGUGGAGACCUCGGCGAGAGAAUGUGAGGAGGACCGAGACGACGCGCAGAGGAGGGGAUCGAUGGCAGCGGCGGCGCGGCAAGCUGUUGAGAGUGGAGCCGUAAGGGAAUUAACCGGAAGGGCAACGACAGUCUUGAGGGGCAACAGAAAGCCGGCAAGUGGGGGUAGGAGAGAGGAAGGGGAGGAGGAGGAAGAGAGCAGUACGUUCGUUUGCGAGGCGCACGGGCUCGGAUGCAGGCGAGCUCUGUGUCUGAAGAUCUCUUCCAAGCUAUGGCUCCACCGCUCACAUAGCAUGAUGGCACUGAAUGCGCUUGACGGAGAAAGGCAAUCAUCGGAGGUGGAAGAGGUCCUUCGCGGAGGUCAUGGUGGCGGUGGUGUCUCUGAAGGGAGAGGAAGAAUUUCCUCCGUAGAUGAAAGUAUGUGUAAUCUGGACGUCAUGCUGGAGGAGGCUGCGGAGGACCCUGGGGGAGAAGCAUCAGGGAAGGAGGAGGAAGAAGAGGAGUAUGACGAGGGGGAGGAGGUGGAGAAAUUGCCCGCACGUCGACAGGACGAUCAAAGGGACAGGGUUAGUGAACCCAUAGCCAUUCGCCCAGGACUCUCUUCUUCCGGAGUAGGGGAACACGUUGUUCGAGAAGAGGGGGUAAGAUCGUGGCCGUCGGUUGGCGGUGGUGGUGGGCUUCUUGCUGACGGACUUCUUGGUGAUGGACCCGCGGACGGGCUGAGCACUGCUGCACCCGUUCGUUCUCCUGCUGCUUCCGUAUUAUAUCGUUCAAUUCAGAUGAGGAAGGAAGGAGUCGAGGGUGUGGAAGACGCUGCCUCCGAUUUUGGAAGCGAGGGGCGCCGCUUGGAGUGUUGGAAGAAAGGCGCCGGUGGGCCAGCAGACGAAGGCCUGGUUUCUACCCCAGAUCAAAGAUUGAGUACCAGUCUUCCUUCCGAUUUGAGGAGCGUGGGCUCGCCAGCUUUUGCUUCUCCCGCGAAUGCGAACGGCACCGUCGUCUUGGAACGACGGCAAUCGGAUCCAGGCUGCCGCGUUGUGACAGGUUUCGAUCUUAUUCCAGUGGGACGGGAGGUGUGCGACGCACCUGACGGUGCGAUCACGACCUCCUCCACGACCCUUUCCUUUGACGAUUCGUCAUCAAUGAUCACCCCCAGAUCCACCGAUCGAAUCGCCAAGGAAGAUGAAGCGUGUUUAAAGAGGUCUCCAAAGGUUGGAAAGAGAGGAGCUCUUGGUGGAGAUGGUGUUGCUGCGUCGAAGCUUGGACGUGAGGAGAAAGUACCUUCCGAGGGUGCUAUGGUGAAGUCUGGUCGAAGCAGCAGCGGAUCAGACUUCGCGGUCAUUAGAUCGGAGUCGGGGUUAGUCGAAAGUAACAAGCCUACUCCCUCUCUGCGCACUGGGUUUGAGCUAUCGCUUUGCGGACAUCUUUUGUCCCCGCGAAUGGGAGUAGAGGCCGCCGCAGCUGCCUUCGAGUCCGAACGGAUAUCUAUCGACCACUUUCGUGGCAACCCUCAGGGCAUAACUACCAACGACAAGCUGGUUGUGCGAGUUGGUGGGCGGUACUAUCCCUGGUCUGUGGCGGCGCCGAAGGUUCUGGGGAUUCUGGCAUUCGGCCAAGUACUGCCUGGUAACAACGUCAGAGAUGGUGAUGGGGCUAUUGAGGUGGAGAAGCCGGCGGCGGAGGUGAGCAAAGCACUCGUGCCUGUGCCGGCUAGUGGAGGGUGGCGGCUUUGGCCAUUCGGACGAAGGCCAAAGAGUCCGGAGGAACGGAAGUCGGCAGACCGGUCCACACCUGCAACUGCAGCAUCAGCCUCAGAUGAGGAGUUGCGGGCGAUGAUGAAGGCCACGGCGAACAAUCCUUUGGUGAAAGAAAUGACUCGGGGAAAGAAGGAGGCGUUAUUGGCACCCGCACCCGCACCGCGUCUUCCCCCACCUCAGAGGAAGCACAAAAGAAGGUUUCUUUGGACCAAUCUGCCCACCUCUGCUCAGCUGGCGUCUCUUAACUUGAAGAUGGGAAAGAACAAGAUUACGUUCACUUUCAUCACCAAGGUCCUGGGACGGCAACAGGUUGAUGCAACUGUAUAUCUUUGGAGAUGGGAUGAUCGGAUCGUCGUAUCUGAUGUGGAUGGGACAAUCACAAAGUCAGAUGUCCUGGGCCAGUUUUUGCCGAUUGUAGGGAGGGAUUGGUCGCAGUCUGGGGUUGCACAGCUCUUUACAGCAAUCAAGGAUAAUGGUUAUAAGUUGCUUUUCCUGAGUGCAAGGGCCAUCAGUCAGGCAACUCUAACGCGCCAGUUCUUGAUGAAUCUCAAGCAGGAUGGAGAAGCCAUGCCAGACGGGCCUGUUGUUAUCUCUCCAGAUGGGUUGAUUCCGUCACUGUACAGAGAAGUUAUCAGACGAACUCCACACGAAUUUAAGAUUUCAUGCCUCCAGGAAAUUCGAGCCUUGUUCCCUUCCGAUAGAAACCCGUUUUAUGCGGGGUUUGGAAAUAGAGAUACAGAUGAACUCAGCUACUUGGCUGCCGGUAUUCCUGCUGGGAAGAUCUUCAUCAUCAACCCAAAGGGUGAAGUUAUGGUUAACACUAUUGAGGUGAAAACCUAUUCGUCUCUUCACAAGUUGGCGAAUGAUAUAUUUCCUUCGAUUGGCAUCUCCGAGCAGGAAGAAUUCAACUCGUGGAACCACUGGAAGCUUCCUCUGCCCGACAUCAAUGAUGAAAUUGCAGUCAUGGAGAAAAGUGACUCGAAGAAGAGGUGAUUACGGUGAUCCGCGGAGAAUCUUCACUGCGGAGGUGUUAAUUUCUGAGUGAAGAUGGCAGAGUGGAGCGCAUGGUGGUAUGAGGAGUACAUGUUCAUAUGGAUGGUGCAACUUAACCCCCAAGUGCUGAUGAAUUGUGCACAACGGAAUGAUGGUCCAAUUGAAAGUGCAGCUUGAUGUGGUACUCCUUUUCGCCAGGUGGAAUAUCUCAUGUCGGGACCGGAGGUUUGAAUGGCAUGAUUAUCAAAAGGGAUGCGGAGAGAUCCCUUGUGCUGAACGCGUAUAAAUAGGGGGUAGUUGGUGGUUGGAUCAGCUGAGGAGGGAGUUAGUAGGUGAUGAUCAUGAAGCUUUUGUUUGAUUGGAUGGUGUUGCUCCACGGAGAUCAAGAAGAAAAGUGGAGCCAUAGCUGCUAUACUACCUUCGUUUCGACAAUGGUAAUCAUUUGUCCACUUUGGAAGUGUAUGGUUUACGAUGGUGAUGCAGAGGUAGUGAGUGAUCUUUGAAGGUAGGGGUGGAUUUGUCACGACUGCGAGAGAGGUGUAGGGGUGGAUUUGUCACGACUGCGAGAGAGGUGUGGGGGCUCUACUCACCAACGCAGUUAAACUUAUUUGUGGCCACGGGCCCGUAGUACCACGGGCCCGUCGUAUUUUUGUAUGGCGGAACUGUGGCCUGUAAGAGGAGCAUUUCUGGCAGAAUUCUUCUUUGUGUCCUUGUGUAGAACACGCUGGACGAAUAAUUGGAUCAGAAGGCUGAUCACGAGAAAGAUGGUGUGAAAUAAGUUCGCAGAGAGUCCCUGCCGCGACAAUCGUGAAGUGGAGGCAUAGGAUAAGGAUGAAGAUCGCAUUGCUGGUAUUUUGCCCAAGUGGAGGAAUGCGACGAGGAAGGAGAAAGGUUGAGGAUGAAGAUGUCACUGCUGGUUUUUCUACCUUCUCCAGACCUGAUAGUGAGGAUUUUGAGAGAAAUGUAAAUUGGUAUGCCUCUCGAUAUGCCUCCACAGGGGGACGACAUACAUGUAUGGCGUUUGAUCGAUCGAUCCUUUCACAGAGUCGUGUUCGUGGCAUUUUCUGGCCAAGGGUGAAGCGUGGACAGCUGUUGCUUACGAUCGUUCCUUCUUCUGAAAGAUGGCGAAAGUGGGCAACAGAAUGCUUCGCUCUCUGCAUCUGCUGCAGGUGGGCGGGCAACUGUGAGGAACAAAAUGUUUGUUAUUGUGUUUGAUUGAAUGAGAUCUGAUUAGAGUCCUACCAGAUCUGACUAGAUUCCCAUUCAUAGGUGGUUGGCAAAGAAGGGGCUUGCCCUAACAGCCGUUGCGCUGACCUUUCAUCCAUGAAAGAGAUGGAGGAGCGGGUGCCAGGGUUUCACUCUCUUUUCUGUCGACAUUGCUGCGUAGUUGCAUUGGUUCUUUCUGUGUUGUAGCAUUACAGAAUAUAUUGUCGGGGAACUAAAGCUCCCAUGGUUGGGGGAAUACCUCCCCCAAUAUCAAAUGGGGGCUGUCGAUCGUAAAUUAAAAUGUUGAAAGGUAUUGUCAGAUAUUUGUCCAGAUGGGUCGCUCAUUAUGUCAGGCACUGUCUGGUAUCGAAAAUGGGGUUUGGUUGUCUCGAUCUCGUGUCUGGAAUCUAAGCGGCAAAUCAUUGCGUGUACACAAGUCGAUUGGUUCACUGUUUUCACGGCUGUGGUGCCAUGUCUGCUGUCUCCCGUUGCAUCCUUGAUUUCCAAUUCUUUCCCCCACCCCCCCUCUUUAAUCAUUGAAUGAUUUGGUUCAUAUUUGAUUGGAUUGGAGUUACAUAGGACUUGUGCAAGGUAGAUUGUCUGCAUCAAGAAACCAGCUUAAGCUGAAUUUCUGCGAGGCAGGCUCAAGGGGGUGACCCUGCAGCGGUUAUCGUUGUCACUGAAAUUUCAGUGGUUUCGGUCCGCACCGUCCAGCUAGCCAGAGCGAGUAGAGAGCGAAUGGCGGAGGUUUUAUCACAGGAGGACGCGGUAAAUUUGCAGAGGCACGAAGCAUAUAGCGUUUCUCUCAGAUCCAACAUUGCUGGAAAGGUUAGACUGAGUUUGGUCAGCAGUUGGGACUCUGGACAGGUCUUGGAAGUAGUGUCAGCGACAAAGACUCUCAGAUGUUGCAAUUUCUGCCAGAACUGCAGAUUAAGAUGGCACAGGACGUGGGCGGCAGGGCGUCUCACGAAUAUGUAAAUGUUGCGAUUUCAAACUGAGUAGAGCAGCGACAUGUGGUGGGUAUUUAGUCCAAUUGAAGGUUAAGUUUCACCUUGCCUCUUUUCGGACUUCCUUUUUCCAAAACAACUGGUUGAGCUGGUCUUGAUAUUUGUCGAGUCUAUAGUUUCAUCGCGAUCGUCAGGUCAGUUGUUGGUGGUGGUUUUGCUGUGGGUCGAGGGAUAUCAAAAUGGAGCUGAGAGAUGGUAUCCAUUGUGAUUCUUUAUAGUCGUCUAAGAUUUUUUUCUGCCGAAAAUCUCCCUCGAGUAACAGCAUCUAAACUUGCAAGAAAACGGUAGUUUCUGUCUCCCUCUCUCCUUGUGUCCCGACCUCCCUUGGAUUGGCUGCGUACAUCUGCUGGACGUGCAAAGAUUGCAGGGCUGGGGCCGUGUACUAGCGGCUUAAGGAAAGCCGCUGCCCAUAUCCCGGCACCAGGCGUGUAGCUAUAUUUUUAGCUAUUGUAUACCCACAAGGCAGAUGAGUGGGUGUUCCCACCCUUCUGCUGUCGCGCACAACAUAGACCCUAGAGUCGCCGACUGCGCCAUCGCAUGAAUUCCAGGCCCUGAACUGGACAUGCUUGGAUGGGGGCCAGUGAAAGCUCCAAGCCGGGAUUGUUCAUGAUGUGCAAAAUGGUUCUUGGCUCUUUUACGAGGUUGCCCGACAACGUGAACGAGAAGAACCGCGAAUUGGAUGUCUGCAGUAGUAUCUUGUUUGAGGAUAGAUUGGUAGAUGGAGGCGAGAUUUGCUUCUUACUGUGGGGGAGGGGGAGAGAGGGAAUUGCUGCCAGCAGCUGGGUGUGCUUGUCUCUGGAAGUGCUCUGCAUUUCAGUGCUGCAGUAGUUUGGGGAACCAAACAGGUUAUACAAGAUCCAGAAAUCAGUAUUGUGUGAACAGACAUUGACCGGUUGUGUGAACGCCCCACGGUAUCGGGCAACUGUGCUUAGGUCUACUGUGAAUGGCAGGUUGUGCUAGCUUGAGCCUACCGCUUCCCCUCCAUAAGGUGUGGUUGGUGAAAGUGGUAGGUCUGAGCCCCGGCAAACUAAGUGGUCGUUUGUCUGGUCUCGACAAACUUGGGUGGAGCAUCGCAGAUGAGGAGGGUGCGCAGGUAAUGCUUGACACAAUAGGUGCAGGAUGUUUGGUCGGGUUAGGAAUGGUCGAUGGAGGAUAUUAGCUCAAGAAUGACUUGUGUACGGAGGAGUAGCAGCCUCUCACACGGAAGAUUUAGGCGGAUGGGAGCGCUCUCUGAAGGGCGUAGAUGAGGAGGAUGCACAGGCGAAGUUUCAGACAGUAGGUGCUGGAUGUUUGCCUAGAGUACCUGUGGAGGGAGAGGUAGGUGGAGUUUGUUUGCUUGGAGUUACUGUGGAGAGGUAGGAGGGAUUGAUUCUCUGUGAAGAUGCGACACGAGUACCUUUUCAGGGAGACUCUAGGUCUCAACUGCAGAUCUUGGUGCGGACGCAGUCAAAGGCAUCCUUUCUGUUCUGUAUGUCGCCGCCUGGCGGCGCCUAUGGUCGCCUCUUUAAUCUCUCCGUGUGGCAUAUGAAAAAGAGCUUGUAGUCCAGAGAAGAUUAGUUUUGAGAAUCCGUUUAUCUCAGGUUGUUCGCCGGAUGAUCUUAUACAGAGUUCCAUGAUUUGUGGCUCCAGCACCUUCGGCUUCCAGGGAUCCUUCAGUAUAUCAUUGCGCACCAUGAAAGGUACCCAUUACAACAUCAAGGGCCGUGUGAGCACUACGUCCCGGUCUGAAGCCAUGUGAAUACCCCAGAUGGACUGAGAUGAGCUCUGAAGGGUGUCCGAGUAAUUGUCAGUGUUUUUCUGGUCGAGUCCUGCUUUACAUGGUGAAUACCCCCAGAUGGACUGAGAUGAGCUCUGAAGGGUGUCCAAGUAAUUGUCACAUGGCGCAUGGAUGCGUCCUUCGGUACUUGAUUUGAGUUUGUCUCCCCAUGGAGCAUGGAGGCUUCCUUCCAUACUGGAUGUUUUUGAGUUUGUCCCCACGUAGUAUCAAAAGCGUGGAGGGCAAAGAGGGAUCACAUUUUUUGGGAAGUGAUGGGUGACCUAGCAAGCAUGGGUUUAAAGAACCUUCAAACUUUUUUCAAGUUUUUUGUACUUUGUACGCACGCAUUCCGUCCGUCAUCAUUCAGGGAGCCGUCUUGUUCGUGAAGUCAGGAAGACAUAGGUCGGCUUGGUGGAAGAGAUUACUUUUUAAGGUUUUACUCAAUUCCGGAGGAUUUCAUGUCGUCCUGGCUGUCGUUCCUCGGCGAGGAUUUCAUCUCCUGGCAGUCGUCAUCAUUCACGAUCUCGUGAAGGGUGUCAGGUACCAACCUGACAGCCUCGUCUGGGCGGUGGCGGAAUGCUGUAUAGGUUUAAGUUUAUAGGAGUUCAUAUGCGUAGGGGUUUAGCCCGUUCAACGCGCAGUUUGUAAUAACUGGAUAUGGUGGGGACCACACGGAAUCAUGUGAAGGGGUUGUUGAAUGCUGCUGUACCAUUUUUUUGUGAUAUCCAGGUCUUUUUCCUUUCGUACGCCUGCAGUAGUUGGUCUGGGCAGAUGACCUGGAUGGUGGGGACCACUCUGAGCAUCCGUACGCAUUCACCUCUCCGAGUGCAUCCCUGUCCAUUGGCCAAGCAACUUGGAAUCACUUUUUAUUUUUUUCUUCUCAACCUCACCGGUUUCUUUUUUUUUGUGUGUGUACUCUUUGAUGCUGUAGGCUCUCAAGGUAGACUACUGAAUUGAGAGCUUCAACUGCAGUUCUAGGUUGAUCGCACUUGAUGCUUUGUGGUCGUUUUCUCUUUCAUCACCUCAGCUGCUCUUACGGGCGAAAGUCAAAUCGUCUGCGAUAGCUGCACGGUGAGAACGCAAGCAUUUAAUUUGUGCUUCGCUUUGUGGAGAGGGAGACAGCUAUAGCUGGGCAAAAAGCUUUGCUUGCAGUGCUUAGAUAGUCAGUCAGCCAUACCAUCAAUUAGUAAAACAUAGCAUUUACG